AUGGUCUACGAGCGGCUGCCACGCCAGAUCAAACACACCAAGGUAUCGAUCGACGGCUUCAUUGCUAUCUUGGUCACAAGACAUCUGCCGACUGCCAUACUACGUACGAGCAAGCAGAUCUACCUCGAAGCUCACGCCAUCGUAGAGAAACUAGUCCGACAGUUCAUCGAAGAGUCAACAACCAAGCUCAUCGAGUUCGGCAAAAGUGGGACAAAGAUGAGACAAAGCAAGGUACUUGGGUACCUCAUGUCGCAGAUCCCUCGCGAACGCAUGGCCGUCGAAGACGGUGAGAAGUACGACAUCGAAGCCAUCCUCCAGAGACUACCCAAGUCCAUUGGAUUUCAACCUACCGAUCCCACCGGGGCUCCCAACGUCGCCCGCUUCUUCCAUCAAGCUGCUAGAGCUAGAUAUGUUCCUGGUGACGACCGUUUCCACGACGCUGCCGGCGGACUAUGGAACAACACCGUUGUCACAGUCUUCGUCACUUGUGCACCUUACAAGAACGAGGAAGAAGCCAAAUGCUUCGUUGAGAUCAACCACAGACACAUUCGACAUAUGUAUCAUCACAGAGCGAUGCCGCACUUUCCGCACGACGUAUGGAUUCGAGAUGGUGGUAUUAUACAAGUCGAAGAGGAUGACUCUUUGGAGAGGGCGAUUGACAGGGUUCCGAUGCUAUGUCAGGAUGGCUAUGAUGACUGGGGUGAGAGGACGGGGUGUGUAGAGCAUUCGUGGGGGCCGGCUAUGAAGAGGUGGGACUGGGAUGGGGAGUGGCUUCCUUCGUAG